AAGCCUUCCCACAGGGCACCCACCCUCAGUUCCCUCAAGAAGCUUAAUCACCCCAUCAUGUCCCCCAUUGUGCUCUCUUCACCAUUAAUGUAAUUUAAGCGUUUUGCCCUGAACUUUGCUGUGCUCUGGUGUUCCUCCAGGCUGGUCUUGCACCUGCGGCACCUAGUCACUGACGUAUCGCAAUGGCCGAGGUAGUUGGACUCGUCGCGUCGGUCAUACAGGUUGCCGGCGCUGGCCUGAAGCUCUCAGAGACACUUUAUCAAUAUGCUGAGAGUGUAGCUUCAGCAGAUCGACGGAUCAAAGACAUCGCCACGGAGAUAAAGCUUACUGCUUCUACUAUCAAAGAAUUGGGCUCUCUUUUCCAGCAAGAUGCGACGUCAAAGCUGCUGUCGAACAGCGCAUUACACACUGCGAACGAGACAGUGCGUGAGUGUUCGAAGGUAUUCGAGGAGAUUAGCAUCCUUCUCAAUAAAUCCAAGAAGAACACGCUGGGGCGCAUGAUUCUCCCAUUUCGAGAGCCAAAGAUCGAGCUUUUCAGGAGCCAUGUUGAUAAGCUGAAGAUCACUUUGCAGCUGCUCACGUCAGUCUUGAUAUUCGCACAUCAGACUGCUGCUCGUGAACAUGAUCGAAAGAUGUUGGCAUCUCACCGAGAGGAGAUCAAAGAAUUGCUACAGCACAGAAAGAGGUCGACACAGCGGUACGAAGAGUCAGUAAAGAACUAUAGCCUUAGUGAGGAUAGUACUGUUCUUGAUGAAGAAGAGGACACCGAAAAUACGAACCAAGAUCCGAUCUCAGCAACAAGCAUCAUGAUGGCCACAGCGGCGAUCAAGUCGACCAUUACAGUGGAGACGCUAAACACAUGCGUUCAACAUGUCCGUAGCUUAUUGAGCAAUAUUGAGGCAUUGCAGGUGGCAUUAGAAACACAGAAACACGGAGAAAAUCACUCAGAGCAUCAGCAGCGCCUUAUUGGUACUUAUUUUCAUGCCCGGCAACACCUCGACAGCGCUUUCUUGGGAAAUCCCCAGGAUCAGCCGAUUCCCAAUGCUAGGUGUGAGAUCGAUAGUGCUCCACUCCGUCCAGGAUACCAUCAUGAGACUGAAGGCGAACACGAGAAAUUGAAGAUCGACCGGCUCCGUGUGAAGGAGGAUAGUGAACUGAAGCACGAGGUGAAUAGAAAUAGGAUCGAAGUGGGUAUGGAACUCGAGAGGGCAUUUGACGAGCGUGAGCCUCUUCGCCACUUUACACUUGAUGAGAAGACCUUGGAGCGAGCUUCGUACAUCUCGCAGCUUUCACGAGUUAAGGAAUGUAAUAAUGAGAAAAAUAAGGCUGCUGCACGAGAUAAAGUCGUCGCCGCAGAGUCACCGAAUCGUCUUGCUCCACAAGCAAGUGACCUUUUGGAACGUCAAACUGACAGGCCAUUAUGGGGAGACCGUAAGAGUGUUCACGAUCCUAUCCCAGUGAAACUUGGGUUGAUCGAACGAGGGAGUCUUGUGGAGAGCGAACUGGACAAAGUUGGCACGGCGUAUGCUUUCCGCAAGAAAGCCAAAGCUGCAGGCGCCUUCAAUGCCGGCGGUUUUAUGACUCGUGCUGGUAACGCUGCAGCGAAGCGACUGGAACCGGACGAGCAGAAGUUCGACGAGCGUAGACCGUACUCAGAAGCACUAGCAGAUGAUCCAUCGACAUCCGAUCUACAAGUACCAUACCGGAAUACUUCCCACUCCACUCCGAAACUCCGGCCCCCUCUUCCGCCAUCCCUCCAACGUAGCACUUCGACGCGCAGUGCUCGUUCGGUAUCUUCCAAGGGGUUUUUGUCAGAUCCAGUAUCCGCAGGGGUGAAUUUCCACAGCACGCCCACCGAUGACUUUCACAACAUCUUCGACCAUGUGGACCCAUGCGAGAGUCAGGUUGACGAUGCUCUCUUUGACUUUGAUAAGAACACACAGACCCAGUCUCCGAACCCUAGUCUGGUUUUGGAACGUGAACGCAGACCGUACUCCAGGUCUCCGGGCAGAAGCGACACCCGUGAAAACGAAUGGAGAGAAAAGGAUGAGGCUGCCGAAAGCAUCCCAAAGGCGAGGAAAAGGACCAAGACCGGAUGCCUCACCUGCCGUAAAAGGAGAAUCAAGUGCGGUGAAGAGAGACCGACCUGCGCCAACUGCAUUCAGUCAAAACGCCAGUGCUAUGGCUAUAACCAGCGCGUUGUCUUGAAGCCUCCCACUGAGGACUGGCCGAAUGAUUUAGGACGUAGCGACAUUCAAGCUCCUCCGAGCCCACAGCUGGCCAGGCAGGACUACAAGGAUGAGAACCGGGAGAGGACGAUAAGAGGCAGCGCGAGCCCCUUUCUCUCUAAGCCGGACAGCUAUUAUUCUCCACCUUUACUCCCGCACAUGCCGCAGCUAGCUCCCAUAGAGCGCUUCUAUCCGCAGUUGGCGGCCGCGCAACAGUCGCCCCAAGCCAUCGACACUCAACCAGGCGACCUCAGCUCUAACAGACCAAUUAUGAACGAUUUCCUAUUCACCAACAAAUGUACUCCAUGGAGUUAUUCCAGCUCUGAGGAAAUUGCCGAGAAAAGAAAACCGGAGGACAUCGAUCCAUGUUCUAGAAAGAAUCAGAAUUCCUCGAGACCUAAUGCAAAGAGGCAUCUCAGUGAUAUAGAUAUGGGAGAUAUGCUUUCGGUGGCACGGCCGGAACACUCUAUCGCCUUGGCAGAACCAGCGGGAGAUAGUCGCACUAUGGCCGAGCUAGACUCGCGUGGAGAAAUCAAGACUAGAUUGCCCAGCUCCUACUCGGAUACAUCGAAGUUCAGACAGAAAUCACGCUAUGAAAGCGACGAGUUGGACAAGGAAGUGGAUACGUUGUUGAGAGACUGGACAACCGUGCUGUAAAGCAGUGCUGGGGUUGCAACUUCAAUUAAUUCUCCAUUUCGACUCUGGGUUUCUGUGGCUGGUGUGACAGUGUAAUUUCAAGCCAUGUCAAUUUCCUCUUCAUCUAGUCAAUUCCUCAGCGCCAAACAUGAUAGUAUCACGUUGACCACGGCCUUCGUGUGGAACAACAACAUUCCUCUCCGCUUCUUCGCCUCGAUAUACCUUGCUAGACUUAUUUGAGGAUAUGAGGGGGGUCUAACGAUCAUAAGUAGAGGCAGAAAGACUGUGUCAUAGUCCUUCCGUAUCAUUUUCAGAACCUUGCUCCGGCGAUUCCGAAGGUCAGAACACUGGUCACCUUCCAGCCCAUACACCGACCUUGUGGCUUCGCGAGAUCUGGACGCAAUUCCGACAUGUUACUUUGAUGGAGUGAGAAAUAUAUAGCUCUCAAAUAUAGUC